UUUUUUCCCCCUAGUAGGUCUAGUAUAUAUAUAAUCUUAGAGGAUAAAAUUGGGACAUUGGAGGCUGAAAUAAAUUCCCACUUUGUUGUAUCACUAUUCUAGUGGUUUGUUAGUUACAUCCUCUUCAUUAUUCUUCAUAUCAAAACCAAGAAACCCUCUUCAACCACGAGCAUGGAGUCUCCAACAUAUUGGACAGAAGAGAAGCACAUGCAAUUCCUCAACACCAUAGAAGCCUCCUUUGUCCGCACCAUGCUCCAAAACAGCAUAAACCGCCGCCGCUUCCUCCGCCUCGAUCGCCACCUCCCGGACGCCUUCGAUUCCACCCUCAACCACCGCCACCGCAACCGCAAUUGUGCCACAAAACAGAAUGCACCCUCAGUGGGUCUAGCCAUCAUCAGAAGAACAAAGAGAUCAUCGUUGUCGUUCAAUUCAUUAGAGGAUCAGGUGGUCCCACAAGUUGGAAACGAAGGUGAAGCUGCGUAGCUGCGUUAGUGAUAUCUUAGUGAUGAUCGUCAAAAAGAUAAAGUGGCAGCACAGAAUUAAUGUUUUUAUCUUCAAUCCGACUUUCUUUAAUUUCUUAUUGUUCCCUUCUUCAUUGGUAUUAGUUUAAUUUUUUAAAGCUAUGAAACACGGACACUUUGUUGAGUUAUUGUGUCUGUGUGUUCGACACAUUUUAGACACAACACUCAUCGAUCGUUUGACACGCGUGUCUGUUGUGUCUAACUGUGUCUUAAUAAAAAAUAAAAAAUUCUUUUCUGGAUACAUCUGUACACACUUGGACACACCUAAAUAUCAUCACGUGUCAGCAUG